AUGUGUAACUACGUCCUCCUCAUUCCUAAGUGUCAGCAUAACCCCAUUCUUCUCUUCAAUGCCUCUUGCCAUCUGGUAUUUAAAGAGUUGCAACACAUCAACCGACCCGCUGUCUGGGACGGCAGCGCCUUGAUCAAGAUUCCUUUCAGAGUGCUCGAGCCAUGCCACCCCGACCUACACAACAUUCGGCCGAUUUACAUGAGUGAUUCAUGCCCAUGA